AUGGACGCUCACGAAUGGAACGAGUCAUUGGAUCGAAUCAUAUCAACGAUUGCUGAGAUGAUCGAUCUUCUCAAAAACGAGUCCCGGAGAUGGGCAACUUCACCCAUUUUUUCUACACCUCUACCCUCACCCGCUUCCGCAUCACCACCACCAACUUCCGCUACUGAACAACCAUCACCCGCUUCCGCAAUAAUAACACCACCUGCCUUACCACUAAAAACUGCCCAAACACCCUCACUUGUACCGGUUCCUAAAUCCGUACGUGUUGCUGUAACGACAUCAGCCCGAAAAUCGGCAUCGUCUUUACCGAAACCAACCCUUUUUUAUCCACCACCGAAAAAAGUCCCCUUAACCACCAAGUCCGCAUCGAAACGUACACCCACACCAUCAACAAAAGAAGCAGAUUUAAAAGAUCCAUCAAGUGAUGACUUGUUUAAUAUUGACAGUGCAACCGGGAAACGCGAGUGGCGUCCACCGUGGCGAUUAGCUAAUACCUCUCCGAAUACGAUCGGGAGAUUCGAGUGGCGACCGCCAUGGCGCAUGACCAAGUCUAUUCCGGUGUCACCUUGA